AUGUCGCUGCCAACCUUUCACUCGGCGUCGUCCCUGGCGUCCCUGUUUUCCGCCGAAUCACUUCAUUCCACACCAUCUUCACCCCUGGCGUCGCUGCAGAACUCGCCCCGGUCCUUCCACUCCCGUUCCCUGCAUCCUUCCCAGACGGACCUGCAGCAGCAGCUCUCGCUCUCGUCGCUGCCGCCGCUCCCUCCCUCAGCCCUCUCGCAGCCGGACCCGGACCCGCUUGCAACAGCAACAUCACUUUCAUUUGGACCGCCCGGCUCGCCUCUGGCAGCCCGUCCUCGUUCCAUCAGUGUGACACCUCUCUCGCCGCAGUCGCCAACGUCCCCGGACAACACCCGCCGAUACAACCGCCUGCACUCGCUACGGUUCCGCUGGGUCCGACGGCUGCGUCGACUUGCCCUCUGGAUCGUCUUGAUCGCGCUUGUCAACUACCGUUACUGGGCAGGCCGUCCACAGGUGCCGCUGACCUGCAACCUGUUUUCGUGGAACUGCCCCGUCUGGCCGAUCCAGGGCUCGAUUGCGGAAGGCUACGAGUCCGUGCUCGAGAUGUUCAAGAAAAACUUUGAAGAAGGCUGGGAGGUCGGCGCAAGCUUUGCAGCAUAUGUUGACGGCGAGCCUGUUGUGGAGCUCUACGGCGGGUUCCACGAUCGUCGCUACAAGAGACAGUACGACAACACCAGUCUGCAGCUCGUCUUUUCCAGCUCCAAGGUCAUGGAGGGCGUCGUCAUGACCUAUCUCGUUGACCAGGGCUGGAUCGACUUUGACGACCGCAUAUCCAAGUACUGGCCCGAGUUUGCCCAGGGCAACAAGGAGAAUGUGACGCUCAGAGCCCUCCUUGGCCAUCGGGGCGGUGUCGCCUACCUCGACCGCCAGCCGACCCUGAAGGAGCUCUCGGACCUCGAUCGCAUGGCCACUCUCUUGGCCUCGCAGCCACACAACUUUGACGGCUCCGAGGUGCAGGGUUAUCACGCUGUCACUCGCGGCUGGUAUCUGAACGAGGUCGCGCGCCGAGUCGACCCCAAGCACCGCACCAUCGGCCAGAUCAUCCGGGAAGAAAUCAUGCCGGCCCUCGACAUUGAGUUCUACCUCGGCUUGCCGCGAGACAAGGAGGCGCGGGUGUCGCCCUUGAUCGGAUACCCGACCUUGCGAGCGAUCGCCAAGAUUGUCGUUCCGAAUCGCAUGCAGAGAAACCCGCCGCCGCCGUUCUUGAAAAGCGCCCUUUUCAACCGCAAGAGCGUCAGCUAUCGCGCGAUCGCUGGAAGCAACCCAAGGCAGAUCCGUCCGUGGCCCCACAGCCACAACCGCCGUGAGAUCUGGGCCAGCGAAGGGCCAAGCUUCAGCGGCAUCACCAACGUGCGAUCGCUCGUCCGGCUCGCAGCCAUGAUGUCGAACCAUGGCACCCUUGGAAAGACCCAGUUGAUUCGCCCGUCAACCAUCAAGCGAGCGCUGCAGGCCCUCCCAACCCAGAUGGACGCCGUGGCCCUGCGCAAUGUGACAUUUGCGACCGGCGGCUGGGGCGUGCAUGUCACGUUCCCUGGUGCACCCGGCGUUUGGACUGGCUGGGGAGGUGCCGGCGGCAGCAUGGUCUGGUGGAACCACGAAACCGGCGUCGCCUUUUCGUACGUUAUGAACUCGAUGGCCUUCACUAGCAUGGGCGACCGCCGCAGCUGGAGGCUCGUCAAGGCCCUGGUCGAAUCUGUCGAGCGUCUCCGAGCCGCCCAGGCCCAAGGCACCGGCGCCAGUCCGGCCUCGUCCACGGACCAAAGCACAGCCAGAGCUGACAGCAAGAUGCUCGUUGACGGGCAUUCCGGCCUCCACGUCCAGAAGAUAGCCUCGAAAGCCUCGUCCAGCCGCGGCGGCGUGCUCGAUGGAUCGCCGCAGAACUGGUGCUAUCCGUAUCAGCCGCACGUUUGGCUGGUGGCCGAAUGCCUAGUCGAAGCCGAUGACAACCUCAACGAUGAGGACGAUGGAAGCUGGAUCCCUGAGUCACGGUUUGGCGGCGGCGUCUGGAGCGAAGGCGAGCCUGCCGAAUGGGAAGAUUGA